CCUGAUUUCCUUCACCUUUUGACCGCCAUCCCAACUUUCCCUAAUUACUCCACUACUCUUCCCUUGUUUGUUGGAUCCACUCCUCUCCUCCACAUCUCCCCCCUUGUCUAGAAAUUUUUAUCUUUCAAUUCCUUCUUGAUUUUUUUACUCCUUUUGGCAAAUUUUUCCACUAAUUACUUCAAUUUUACCAUAAUCAAUCAAUUGGCGCAUCAGAUUAACUUUUAUUUCUCUCCACUCUUAAUCCUUCUCCCGGGACGGAUUUAGGCUUCCCCCAAACUGUGAUUUGUAUUGUUCAUGUGCAUUCCCCUCAGCUUUCCUCAUUACCAUCGUCGUCCUAAUUUUCACCGCGGUAAAACCUACCACCUACACAUUAUGGAUAGAUAAUCUUUACACCAUAAUCACAGUUGGAUCAGAGAGCAAAAUCACCAUGAGAGGAGCGGUGCUUGUAGCAAUCGCCGCUACAGUAGGCAACUUCUUACAAGGAUGGGACAAUUCCACCAUUGCAGGGGCUGUAAUUUACAUAAAAAGGGAAUUUCAUCUAGAGUCUCAACCAACGAUGGAAGGCCUGAUCGUGGCAAUGUCGCUGAUGGGCGGGACGUUGAUCACGACAUUCUCCGGUCCGGUGGCCGACGUGUUCGGCCGGCGUCCAAUGCUAAUCCUCUCGUCGCUCUGUUACCUCGUCGGAAGCUUGGUCAUGUUAUGGUCUCCUAACGUCUAUGUCUUGCUGGUUGCGAGACUGCUCGAUGGGUUCGGGAUCGGGCUCGCCGUCACGCUCAUCCCGCUCUACAUCUCCGAAACCGCGCCGUCGGAGAUCAGGGGCACGCUGAAUACUCUGCCGCAGUUCUUGGGUUCGGGAGGGAUGUUCCUGUCGUAUAUAAUGGUGUUUAUCAUGUCGCUUCAGGAUUCGCCUAAUUGGAGAGUGAUGCUUGGUGUUCUGGCGAUUCCUUCUCUGUCUUACUUGGUGUUGACGGUGCUCUUCUUGCCGGAAUCGCCGCGGUGGCUCGUCAGUAAAGGGAGAUUGGAUGAGGCUAGGCUAGUUUUGCGGAGGCUUCGCGGUAGGGAGGAUGUUGCAGGGGAGAUGGCUCUGCUACUGGAAGGGCUCGGCGUGGGGAAAGACCCAUCAAUAGAAGAAUACAUAAUCGGCCCAGCAACCGACGAAGGCGAGCCACCGGCGGACAAGAUCGGAGAAGUCCGACUGUACGGCACCGAGGAAGGCGUGUCAUGGGUGGCAAAGCCGGUAGCCGGACAGAGCACCCUGGGGAUUGCGUCGCGCCAGGGGAGCAUGGCAAACCAGAAUGUACCUCUAAUGGAUCCACUCGUCACUCUGUUCGGAAGCGUCCACGAGAACAACCUCCCCGCCGGCGGCGGCGGAUCCAUGUUCGGAAGCAUGCGCGGGAGCAUGUUCUUCCCCGGCACCUCCAGCAUGCUCAACAUGAUCACCGGCGCCGGCAAUAAUCAGGGGGAAGAAGACGGCGGUGCCGAUCACGAUUACUCCGGUGGUGAUGCAGAGGACAACAAGAGCCCUCUGCUUCGGCAGCUGCAGGGCUCCGGAAAGGACUACCCGGCUGCUUCAUCGAGGCGGUCCGGGUACGGAAGUAGCAUGUUCAAUGCGGCGGCGGGUGCAGGGGAGGAAGCCGGGGUUGGGAUCGGGGGAGGGUGGCAACUGGCGUACAAGAAGAAGGAAGGUGGGCUUCAAAGGGUGUACCUUCACGGCGGAGCGGCGGCGGGAGGGUCGAGGAGAGGGUCAAUGAUUUCCGGCAUUGGUGGUGCGAUGGAUGUUGAGGAAAUUGGGGGCGGGGAUUUUGUCCCAGCGGCCGCGCUUGUUAGCCAGACGGCGGUUUGCUCCAAGGAUGUUCUCAGCGGCGGGAAGCCGGAAAUCGGAGGGCGGCGGUCGCAGAAGGACAGCAAAGGCACCGGAUGCGCCGACCUUUUUGAGCCAGGGAUUAAGCGCGCUCUGGUUGUCGGAGUUGUGCUCCAAUUUCUCCAACAGAUUUCAGGGAUCAAUGGGGUGCUCUACUACGCUCCCCAGAUUCUACAAGAAGCAGGGGUUUCGGUUCUACUAGCAAGUCUCGGAUUGCGAUCGGACUCGGCCUCCAUCCUCAUCAGCCUUUUCUCCACUAUUGUAAUGCUCCCCUGCAUUAUGCUUUCAAUGAGGAUCAUGGACGUCGCCGGAAGAAGGUCGAUAAUGUUGUACACAAUCCCAAUCUUGGUGGUGGCACUGUUUGCACUAGUGUUCAGCAGCAUCGUGAGCAUGGGAGCGGUGCCUAGGGCCGUGAUCUCGACGGGAAGCGUGGUGGUCUACAUGAGCUGCUUCGUGAUGGGAUUCGGCGUCAUCCCAAACAUACUCUGCGCCGAGAUUUUCCCCACCGCAGCUCGCGGGCUCUGCAUAACAAUAUGCGCACUCACCUACUGGAUUAUGAACAUCGUCGUCACGUACUCGUCGCCGCUUCUGCUCAACAGCCUGGGGCUUGCCGGCGUCUUCACCAUCUUCGGGAUCGGGUGCACGCUUUCGUGGGUGUUCGUGUUCCUCAAAGUUCCGGAGACGAAAGGGAUGCCGUUGGAAGUCAUUUGUGAGUUCUUUGCCGCGGGUGCCUCCGUGCUCGAUCGUCAGAACUGAAUGAAUAUUAGGGUUUUUUGUUUUGUUUUGUUUUGUUUUGUUUGGGUGAUCAAUCCUUUUUUUGAUUGGUUUGCUUUCAAAUUGUUUUUCUUAACAACCAUUUUGUUAAUUACUUGGUUUGUAUUGUGAUUUGUGACCCAAUAAAAGGAGAAAAGGUUAGAAUCAAAGUGUUUGGAUGUUUUAGUCUAUAGUAUCUUUACUUGUGUAACCCUUUAUCCGCGUGUCGAAAAAAAUCAAAAGUCGAAUUGUCUCAUUACUUGCUCGGUUUUUUUUCUAUGUCCAAGAAAUGGGGUGGUUGGGGUUAACAACAACUGUAACGAAAAUGGUUAGCUGUUAAUCGCUAACUGCAAAGUGCGGUUAACCUCAUUACAAACUGUGACAGGUUUCUGGCUUUCUUAGGAAACACUAAAUUCAGCAAUUAUGAACUUUUUAGAGCAUUCACAUUGGUAUUGCAUUCUCAAUUGCAAAAUGACAUGACAUAGGUGUUUCCAAUUGCAAAACCAAUUGCAUUGAUGUGGCUACCAAUUGCAUAUUUGCAAGCUUGCAACAAAUGCAAUUCCACAUGCAAGUAAAAAAAGCCUACAAAAAUGGAAUUUUUUAAUUUUCUUUUCUCAUUUACUUAAUUUUCUAUAAUUUAAACAUGAUAUUUAAUUACAUUUGCAAUUACAAGUUAAUUGCAUUGAUGUAGGUGAAUGAAAUGAAUGUGAUGUGAAUUGCCAAAAAAUUGAGUUGACAAUAUAAACACAAAUACAAUUUUUUUUGCAAUUGCAUUGAUGAAAAUGCCCUCAAUAGUUCCAAUCUCAUCUACAAAAGAAUUCAAUUGAAACUUCUCCCCAUGCAAAGUAAACCGUAAAACAAUAACAGUUUACAACAAACUCGAUAAUUUGACCAGGGCACAAAUCAUUGAGUCACAGACUUCUGGCGUUAUGGGAAGAGGAACCCUGCAAAUAGCAGGGAAGACAGGGCUAGGCCUUCCUAGAAAAAUUAUUAUACUCAGGUAAUUAAUUCGUUCUCCUCUAUUUGAUUGUAGUUGCAGUUAAACUGAAAAAUGGAUAAUAUGCCAUACUGCUAAUUACAAUCGCAUAAGAGUAUGUUUAUUUGGUUUGCGAUUAAUCACAUAUCGCAUAGUUUUGAUGUUUUUAACGGUUUAACCAUACAAACACAACCGUAUUCACACUCCUAGUUUUUUCCAUAGAUAUUCCCAAAAGACCAGCCAAAUAAGAAAAAAUAUAUAUGACAUUUGUAGGCCAAGUCGCAAACAAGGAAAGAGGAAAGGUCUCUUGAAACAAAAAUAAGAAACAUAACUAGUUACAAUAAACACAUUUGUGUGCUCUUUUUCAAUUACAAACAUACAUGAAGCUUAAAUCUGAAAAAUCAUAGAACUUUUCCACCACGGUAGCAAGCGAAAUAUCAUUGAUUCAAAUAUUGCAUAUCGAAUUGCACUCUUGAAUGUGUAAAACGAUGUAGAAUUCUUAACAUAGACUAAAUUGUUAUAACUACCAUAAAGUAACGAUAUUUUUAAACAUAUAACUUUUGAAUGAAUAUGAGCACAUGUGUCUUUACCAAAGGGGUAAAUAUGGAAAUGUUUACUGAUACUGGUUUGCCGAACGCAGAUGGAAAAGACACUACUAAUGUGAACAGGCCCAAAUAGUGCCCCGACCCACUAAAUGCUCAACCAUGCCAUCUCUCCAAACUUUCCAUCAGAUUCAACAACUAGCUAACCUCCUCUACCUAUAUUGUUACGCUAGAGCAAAUUUUGGAGGGGUAAAUAUGGAAAUAUUGAGUGUUGUUGGCUUGCCCAAUGCGGAUGGAAAAGACGCUCCUAAUGUAAACGGGCCCAAAUAGUGUCCGACCCACUAAAUGCUCAACCACCCGGGUUACUUUUGCUACACCUAAUAUAAUAGUGAAAUGGGAAAGGUGCUUCCCCCAUUACAAAAUCCUUGCAUCCAUAGCAAAAGUAGAAAAUGGUAGAUUUGUCUUCACAAUCAUUUAUUAUUUUCAAUGGUAGAUUCGUCUUCACAGUCAUUUAUUAUUUUCUUAUUUACAGGAAAAAUGCAAGUGAUGGGAUUUGAAUUGUGAUCUUUUUGAGAAAAUACAAGAAAUAUAACCCAGUUACACUAAACAAAUUUGUUUAAACUUUUUAAAUUAAAAAUAUAUAGGAAGGUUAAAUUUGAAAAAUCAUAGAAAUUUUCCAUCACAAUUAGCUAAGCGACUAACUCUCCCCUAAAUAUUAUGCUGGCAUUUGAUACUUCUAUUUUCAUACUUUGAUUAUUUUAAUUCGAGUUUAAUAAUUAAUUAUAUUUCUAUUUGUCUUAUAAAAGGAGAAUAAUUUUAUAAUCGCAGGCCUAAUGUCAUUGGUGCAAAUAAUGCACAUCGAAUUGCAAUAUUGAAUGUGUAGAAGUGAUGCAGAAUUCUUGACAUAGAUAAUAUAACUACCAUAAAACAACAAUAUUUUGAACACAGAAGUUUUGAGUGAAUAUGGGGCACAUGUGUCUUUAAAAGAGGGGUAAAUAUGUAAAUGUUGAGUGAUGUUGGUUUGUUGAAUGCGGAUUGAAAAUGCACAACUAAUGUAAACGAGUUUAAAUGGUGUCCCGCCCUACUAAACGUUCAACCAUCGCCGUCUCUCCAAACCUUUCCACCGGACUCGACAAUCGCCUAACCUCAUCCACCUAUAUUGUUACGUAAAGCAAUUUUCGAUGGGGUAAAGAUAUAAAGGUUGAGUGUUCUUGCUUGGAGAGUUGACUGGUGGAUUAUGUAGUUUCUUUGAUAGUAAUGUGUGAUCUCUUAACAUCAGCUCAUUUGGUUGAUCUUCUAGGUUGACUUUUGAGUUGAUUAAAAAUAAAUAGUGUCC